AAUCCCAGCUCCAUCAAAUUCGAAAAAAGAAAAUGUCCGCCGCAAAGUCGAGAAGUUCUUGUUCGUUCCCGAAUCUCCUGCUCUCUUGCUUCAACUUCCUUCUCUUCAUCCUCUCCGCGGCAUCUUUCGCCCCGGUGAUCCUCCUCAGAACGCCCCCGACUUCGCUCGGCCUCGCCUUCCUCGUGAUUUCGUCCAUGUCGCUCGUCUCCUCUUUUGCCGGCUUCUUCUCCCAGCUCACCCGCUUCUGUUUCGUGACCCACGUCUCGAUCCUCCUCGCCUCGCUGUCCGGUCUGGCGCUCGGGGUCCUGGCGCUGUUUGCCAAAGAAAGGUCGAGCCUUUCGCUGCUGAGGUCGCGGAGAGACCCGAAAGAGGCUAAGGUCCUGGUGAGGCUGGAGUGCGGGGUUCUGAUGGCGAUGUUUUUCCGACUUCGCACGGGUGGGAGCCAUGGAGAGCAGUUUGUCUUCCUCUUCAUGAAUUAUUUUUCCGCCGUCUGCGUCUGGUGA